AUGUCUUCGACCCAUAUAUUCAACGUUGAAAUGACUUGUGAAGGGUGUUCAGGUGCUGUCGAGAGAGUGCUUAACCGAUUAAAAGGCCAAGGAGUGGAUAACAUCUCAAUUUCAUUACCGGAUCAAAAAGUAAUAGUAACUUCAACACUAAGUGCAGACCAACUGCUUGAAGUAAUAAAGAAAACGGGAAAGAAAACUAGCUAUGUUGGUAUACAAUAAAAAUAAUAACCCUAAUGAAAUAAUGGCAUGUUGAGAGUAUAAAAUAUAUGUUAAAUGAUGAAUCAAACUGUUAAUCAAAGAAAUUUUAUAUGUUAUACCAUAAUUAUGUAAUUUAUUGUUUAAUGUGGAUAAUUGUUUAUAAAGUAUAUUUUAUUGUUGUGUUUAAAAGAGGUAUACAUUUUUUUGUAUUAUAACUGAUGCAGCUUUACAUCAUUUAUAAGUAUCAAUUAAUCAUUAUAUAUUAUUAAUCAUUGUCUUAAAGUGUAUG